AUGCCAGCUACUCCCUCUCUUUCUAAUUCUCUGACGCAGAUGCUCUCCUUCAGGUCAUUACUUUUCGCUCUUUUACUUUCCCUCGCGCGUCCUGGUCUGGCUGCGCAUGUCCAGGUCCGGGAUUGCAUCUCGGCCUCUGGAGAGGCUCUCUCUUCGCACCCCCAGUUCACUCCCGGCAGCCUCCAAGCAUCCCUCGAUGAACGACACAACGAGACACGACUCCAACUGAUCAUCUCGGGCGAAUAUGCGGACCUAAAAUCGUGCGAAGAAUUCCGCCAACAGGAUGCCUCAAUAGAGCUGAGUUUGGCUGCUCUCGGUGGAACGAGUCGAUACCAUGGCGAGAUUCUAAACUCGACUUGCAAGUCGAGACUAUGGUCCGCUCAGAAGAUUCAAAAGCGAACACAAUACUUCGAGGUCCUUUUCCGAAUCAAUCAUCCGGCACCUCUGGCGGCUUUCGAGCUGGAGGUGGAUAUCAGGGGCUCCGAUGACCUCCCAGUUGGAUGCAUGAAUGGCUUCCUGACACCAGAUAUUGGCCCAACUAUGCAAGGCAUUUCCUUCUGGGGUCCGGUUAUUACCUUUGUGUUGGUGAUUCUCGCUGCUGGCUGGCGAGAGUGGUCCAAUCUGGUACAACCGCUACAAGACGAAGAAGAGGGCUCCAUUCAAAGGGCAUCGAACAGGUCACACCUCACCAGGAUCGCCGAUUGUCUCUCGUAUAUCCAAUUCAUCUUCUUUGCCGGAGCGCUCACCCUCAAUUAUCCCGGAUUUCUGCAACCGAUUGUCAGCGCUGCCAGUUGGUCAACUCUGAUGCUCCAACGAGGCAUCGUGAUCAGGCAUUCCGUCUACUUUGGUAUCCGUGAUGGCAUUCAUGAGAUCAAUGGCACAUUUGGUGGAACUUCAGGCCUCGAGCACAUGAUACAAGUUAUGGGUGCCCCUGUCACUAUGGGCACUUGGAGCAACAUCGCCACUCUAGCCGUCGUCAUUCUCAUCUGCCUCUUCAUUCUCAUCCACAUCGGUCAGAACCUAAGAUGGACACGGGAUUGGUUUCGACAAGCUGGGCACUGGAGUCUGGAGGGCUCUGCGAAAGACAACCACAAGGCAACUAUCUGGGUUGCGCUGCGCGUCUUUCUGAGCUACCUCUUGCUUCCCCUCACGGCCUGGGCAACCUACCAGAUUGACAUGGCUCGCUUCUUGCCCUCUUAUUACACCAUCUUGACAGUCGUGGCGAUCUGCCUGUUGAUUCUGGGAUGUUGGUGGGGGUUGUCUUCACGGAGCCCCCAGAAUAUGGGAUAUCUGCUCAUCGACGAGCUUCAUAGACAGGAAGCCGACGAAGUGCCAUCACGAACCCAAGACUAUUACACGCUGGCUACUUUCGGCUUUCUUGUGCUCCGCGGGUCUAUGAUUGGAGGCUUGCAACACUUUGGAACGGAGCAGCUGUUUGCCCUCAUGGCUUGCGAAGUUGGUCAGCUGGGUCUCGCUACGUGGGCUUGGUCGGUGUCCGGCCUGCUUUCCAGGGCUACUGUGGUGACGGUCGCGCGGCUAUGUGUCCUGCUUCUAUGUGUGGGUAUGGUCCCUGAUCUCGCGAGCCACAAGGCCUCCAGUGCUCUAGGAUACAUCAUAUUGAUGCUCCAUGCUCUCUUUAUGAUUGGCAUGUUUCUCGUUCCCUCGACCUACGACCUUGUCCAAUUUGCCAUCGCUGCGGCCAACAAAAAAACAAGCCCUGAGCAGCCGGACAAGGACGAGGAUCAGGAACACCCUCAAGUUUUCGGCCUUCGACAACUCUCAAGGCGCCCCACGACUGUCACAAAUCUCGCCGUCAGUUUGCUCGCCUCGCGCGUCGUCUUUCGGCUCAGAGCCAGUAUCACCAGAGCUGCUACGUACAUACUUCCGGUCCCCAAGGCCCGAGAGGUCCUCAUCAAGCCUCUUAGAGAGGAAUCAUCAGUUCAAGGCACUGGGAAGAUUAACCCCUGA